AUGGUGGUUCUUAGCUUCCAACCAUUCAAUUUCAGCCAUUGUUGCUCUCCAAAACUGAGGGGUAAUAGCAGAAGCAUUACCAUUCGGUGUGGAAUUGCAGAGCCAUCGGGGGUACCUGCUCCACUGGGACAGAAGACAAAGUACACCGAUGGCCUUUUUGAGAAGGCUUUCAUGACUCUGUUUGCUCGCAAGAUGGAGAAAUUUGCAGCCAGUAAUAGUAAGUCAAAUUCGAACACCGCCAAAGGUUUGUUUGAUUAUGAUUACGAGAGUUUUGUGGAUGUAUCGAAAAGGGUAAUGCAGGGAAGGUCUCGUUUGCAGCAGCAGCUGGUGGUGAGAGAGGUGCUCUUGUCCAUGCUUCCUCCUGGUGCCCCUGCUCAAUUUAGGAAAUUGUUUCCGCCAACAAAAUGGGCUGCUGAAUUCAAUGCCGCGCUGACAGUGCCUUUCUUUCACUGGUUAGUCGGGCCUUCUGAGGUUGUGGAAGUGGAGGUUAAUGGAGUAAAGCAAAAAAGUGGAGUUCUUAUAAAGAAAUGCAGAUACUUGGAGAACAGUGGUUGUGUUGGAAUGUGCAUUAACAUGUGCAAAAUACCUACACAAGAUUUUUUCACCAAUGACUUUGGCCUUCCAUUAACUAUGACCCCGAAUUUUGAAGAUAUGAGUUGCGAAAUGGUUUAUGGCCAAGUUCCUCCACCAUUUGAAGAGGAUCCGGCAUCCAAACAACCUUGUUAUGCAGAUAUUUGCUCCAUAGCAAAUCCUAGCUCCAGUGUCUGUCCUAAACUACAAGCUUGA